CUGAGAAAGUCGGAGUGGGUCUCAGAAUCUGCUGCCUGGGGCUCAGCUCAGGCUCCUUAGUCCACUCGGCUGGAGGCCCGGGCCUGGCCGGAGCGGAUCCGCGGCCGUAGGCCUCCCGCCCGGUUGGGGAGCGCAGCCCACAGCUCCCCCUCUCCAGGCUCCCAAGGACCCUUCAAGGCGCUGGGCUCACACUUGAAGCCUGGGAACGCGCGGACAGGAAACCCACUUCCUCCUAAGCAGUUUCUUGCUCUCCGGAUGAGAGGCGCCCAAUUGAAGCAGAAUGAUCCUCAUCUACUAAUAUCCAGCGUGGCCACAAAGCGACUGGCCAUUUAUGCCCCCACUUUAAACAAAGAUAUUUGGUUAUUCCCGGGGAAGCAAGUGCACUUUUGCAUGGCUGAGCUCCGGGAGGAGGCGAGCCUCAGCACAGCCUACCGCCCGCCAGGCUGCUCGCGCCUCCGGAUUCGCCCCUCCCGGCCAGCUGGUCCCGCCGGGGUUCAGGCUCAGUUCCGCCCCGCAACAGGCGGGCGGGCACUCACGACGCUCCCUGCCCGCGCCCUCCUUGAAGCAUCAGAGGGGAUAACAGCGUGGCCCUGGGCUCAGGUGCUGGGGCUGUGAUGUCCUCGGAAAGUCAGCUCCAGCCCCAGAGCCCUGCGUGUCCGGGAGAUGGGCGAGGGUCGGGGACACCAGGUUUGUUCGAGCCGCCGCCGAAUCAUGUCGAUGAGUCCAAAGCACACGACUCCGUUCUCAGUGUCUGACAUCUUGAGUCCCCUGGAGGAAAGCUACAAGAAAGUGGGCAUGGAGGGCGGCGGCCUCGGGGCUCCGCUGGCGGCUUACAGGCAGGGCCAGGCAGCACCGCCGGCUGCGGCCAUGCAACAGCAUGCCGUGGGGCACCACAGCGCCGUCACCGCCGCCUACCACAUGACGGCGGCGGGGGUGCCCCAGCUCUCGCACUCCGCCGUGGGGGGCUACUGCAACGGCAACCUGGGCAACAUGAGCGAGCUGCCGCCGUACCAGGACACCAUGCGGAACAGCGCCUCGGGCCCCGGAUGGUACGGCGCGAACCCAGACCCGCGCUUCCCCCCCAUCUCCCGCUUCAUGGGCCCGGCGAGCGGCAUGAACAUGAGCGGCAUGGGCGGCCUGGGCUCGCUGGGGGACGUGAGCAAGAACAUGGCCCCGCUGCCAAGCGCACCGCGCCGGAAGCGCCGGGUGCUGUUCUCCCAGGCGCAGGUGUACGAACUGGAGCGGCGCUUCAAGCAGCAGAAGUACCUGUCGGCGCCUGAGCGCGAGCACCUGGCCAGUAUGAUCCACCUGACACCCACUCAGGUCAAGAUCUGGUUCCAGAACCACCGCUACAAGAUGAAGCGUCAAGCCAAGGACAAGGCGGCCCAGCAGCAACUGCAGCAGGACAGCGGCGGCGGCGGGGGAGCCGGAUGCCAGCAGCAAGCGCAGCAGCAGUCGCCGCGCCGCGUGGCCGUGCCGGUCCUGGUGAAAGACGGCAAACCCUGCCAGGCGGGCGCGCCCGCUCCUGGCACAGCCACCCUGCAAGGCCACGCGCCACAGCAGGCGCAGCAGCAGGCGCAGGCCGCGCAGGCGGCGGCGGCGGCGAUCUCAGUGGGUAGCAGUGGCCCCGGGUUGGGUGCACACCCAGGUCACCAGCCGGGCAGCGCGGGCCAGUCUCCGGACCUGGCGCACCACGCCGCCAGCCCCGCAGCGCUGCAGGGCCAGGUCUCCACCCUAUCCCACCUGAACUCCUCGGGCUCGGACUACGGCACCAUGUCCUGCUCCACCUUGCUAUAUGGUCGGACCUGGUGAGAGGACGCCGUGCCGGGCCUAGCCCAGCGCGCUGCCUCUUCGCUUCCCCUCCUGCCUGCCCCACACUACCAACCACCCGCAGCUCCAUGCGCUUCGACUUUUCUUAAGAACCUGCCCCGUUUAGACCAAGGGAAAAAACACAAAGGCCAAACUGCUGGACGUCUUUCUUUCUUUCUUUUUUCCUUAAAUUUGUGGGGGUUUUUCCAAGAAAAUAAAAACAACCAAGCAAAUCCAAUUAUUUAAGGAGUCUUUAAACAGAGAAGGACACAACAAGAACAGCUUUGGGGGUGUCACUUAGGUGACUCAAAUGGGUUCCCCACGCUUGGGCGGGGUAGUUUGGAGAGGGCUCUAACCACUGACAGGCUCUGGACUCCAAAGAUCGCAAAUUUCAUUCUGGGUUACACUAUGCCAGCAACGUGGACUCUCUUGUAAAUACCAAGAUCUCUUUCGAAGGAGAGAGGAGGGCUGGGGAAAGACUCCCACAGAACCUACUAGUCACUGACACAAAGGAAAUGUCCCCUCCUAGAGCCCUCUGGCCACCCAGGCUCAACCUGGACUGGCCCUGGCUAAAAUUGUUUUAUGUUUGAUGUAAACUUGUAGCUGUAAAACGCUGUCAAAAGUUGGACUAAACACCUAGUUUUUAGUAAUCUGUACAUUCUGUUGUAAAAAAAAUAAUGACCCCAGUCCCCAUCCCCGGCCCAUCUUAUUUUUUAUGGGCAUUGACAAAUCUGUGUAUAUUACUUGGCAGUUUGUUAUUCGCAGCGUCAGUCUUUUUUCUGUUGUAACUUAUGUAGAUAUCUGGCUUAAAUAUAGUUCCUAAGAAGCUUCUAAUAAAUUAUAUGAAUUAAAGAGAUUCUUUUUCUGAUUAAAAAA